AUGCAGAUCCAAAUCACAGCUCUUGUUGCGUUUUACUUCCUCUGCAUUGGGCAUGUAAAUAGGGCCUGGGUUAUUGUAGGCUCCUCUCUCCGUUAUGCACAUGCGCUUGGACUGCACGUACGAAACGAGGACAAAACGGUUACCAUGUCCGAAAAAGAAAUACUGUUGAGGAUGUGGUGGAGCCUAUACUCCAUCGACAGAACCAUCAGUACUAUAGUCGGCCGGCCAAGCUUCGUAAUCAAAGAAUAUUGCUCGGUGCCAUUGCCACUACCGUUGACGACGGAGCAGUUAUUAGACGAAGACUUGACUAAUCAGAUCCACGAGCGAUACGGAGGGCCCAGGUCUUGGUAUGACACUUCUCGCGCAGCUUCGGCAACCGGCGAGCCUUCCAAUGUAGGCUCAUUCUUGAAGGCCAAUGUACAGAUUGGCCUGAUUACCCAGGACGCUAUGGCUGAACUGUACUCGGCCAAGGUAGUCGCAAAGUCCUGGAAACAGGCGCAGCAGGCAAUAACCGACUUAUGUGAACAACUGGAAGCAUGGUUAUCCUCUCUACCAUCCAGUCUCAACUUUUCCCAGCCCAGCUCUAGUACCAGCCUCCAACGGGAAAGGUUAGUGCUGCAAAUGCAGUAUAUGGGAACCAAAAUCCUGAUCACUCGGCCUUGUCUGUGUAGGCUGGAUAAACGCAUGCCAAACCAGUCGAAGUCUUCAGACCACUUCAACAAGCACUCUGCCCAGAUCUGCGUCGAUGCUGCAGUGGCAGUGGCAGGCCUUUUACCGGGAGAAGUCGAUGUGACCUACCUGUACAAAUCCGGGCCAUGGUGGUCUAUAGUACAUAAUCUUAUGCAAGCUCUCGUAGUGUUGCUGCUGGAGAUGUCUUAUGGUGCUGUUCAUUUCACCCACGGAAGCAGGCAGAUCUCGACGCCCAUCAAGAAGCUACUUGAUUGGUUGAGAACGAUGUCAAAUGACAACGACACAGCAAAACGAGCCUACGACAUGGCCUUUGCAGUAUUGCAAAGGCUAGCAUCAAAGUUCAACGUAGAUAUAUCCGAACUUUUACGGGAGGACACCGCUCAAACUAGGCAUCCAGCUGCGUUCCAUUUGAACCAGCAACCUGCAGUCGGCCCCCACGGACAGGAAGACUCAGUCCCGCCUACAGAACAGGCCCAAGCAUUGGGAGAACAGGGGAUGUAUGCUAGUGAUUUCUAUGUAAACCAGCCUGGCUACGCAUCGAUGUUCGGAGUUCCGGCAGUACAGCCCCAGAACAGCUCAUGGAUGGUGGGGCCGACAGAUGCCGGAGGAGCAUUACUCCCAGAUGUUUCUCAGGCUGAUGCAAUGUUUGGCAAUCCCUUCGUGACUAGUUACGACGAGGAGAAUCCUGUUACAUUUGACGAAGAUCUCUUUGGGAUGUAUGCCGUUAGUCCUAGGUUUCGCUAUCAGUAA